AUAAGUAAUCCAAGAUGAAGCUAGCUGUGGUUAUCCUGAAUAUCAUCCUGGUCAUCAGGGGUCUGUCGGUGGCUGAAAGUUUUGAGAGGGGACUUUCUUUCGAAGAAAGCGCACUGAGAGAUUCAAGGGGCCCAGAGAAUGUUCCCGCUCGUCGUGGUACUAAACCUUAUUCCAUAAUGCCCCCUUCAAAAAAUCUUACUCAGAUCGAACGUCUCAAUUGGGCGGAAAACUGCAGACAAUUCAGGCAAAAAUGCAAGUUCUCCGAACAAUGUUGCAGCAAUAAGUGCUUGAAGCAUAUAAAACGCUGCACUACUUUGUGAAUUUAAAACGCCUAAUUAUAAAUAAAGUCAUGUGUCGUAGUAUAUCAGA